AUGCGCUUUGCCUAUACUCUAGGUUUGUUUUUGCUUUUGCUUGCCGGAGUGCUGGUACUAUUACCAGAAUCUGACCAAGAUCCAACACCACUACCCGAGGGUUAUACUUUUGAUGCAUUGCAAGCAAAGUUUGGAGCAUCGAGAGACCUUGAUCACACCGAGACAAGGGUACUGUAUCGCUUGAUUUUACAGGACAUUAGUGACUACAUGAAUCACCUGAAUGACACCUCUGAAGCCAGUCAGCAUGCAAUGUCGUGCAACGCAUUGCGCUGGACUGCUCGUCUGUACGCACGAUCAAGGGAUGGGACGUAUGCUUUACCCAAGAUAACGGAUUGGAUGCUUCAAUUGAGGGACAGUUACGUUCAUGGAUUUCGAUACCUCCCUGGUAGUCUGUUGGAGGACUUUUGGAGAGUUUUGAGUGGGGAUGCAUCCUUUGGCCGUUCUACUGCUGUACUUCAGCAAGUUUAUGCAUGCCUUUUUCCCUCACCCAGAUCUGCAGGGUGCCCGUCAUAUCAGUUUCUUCGCCAGACAAAGGGGAAGACCGAUAAGGAUGUUCUGGCAUCUUGCACGAUUAGCAACGCAAAGUACUAG